AUGGCCGACGAAGACGCAGCAAAGCUCGCAGAGCCCACGCACAUAGCUGAUGUCGAUGAUGUAGCAGCUCCAUUUGCGCCAGAACCAGCGAGGACGUCGCCUACGACGCCCAGCGUAUCGAUUCUUGCGGCAAGCCCGACUAGCAGUGUAGCAGCGCCUCCUGCAGCUACAGCAGCCCCGACAACCGCCGUCGAGGCCCACGAAGUGGUCCCACUACCCACGCAAGACUCAAAGGAGCUGAAGGAACUCGCAGAAGUGUUUCCAGACUUGGACAAGGAUUUGUUGAGAGACCUGCUCGUCAUGCACGGCAACGAUGUCAACGCUGCUGUCCUCGCGCUCUCAGACUCGACAGAUGCUUCACAUCCUGCCGCAGAGUCAGACGAGGCAUAUGCACGGCGGCUGCAGGACGAGGAGCAUGGGCGUCACGCGGCCCAAGCAAGGCAGCAGCAGUCACAAGGGCCAGCGUACACUCAUCUUGCUUAUCAGCCAAGACAGUCACGAUCACGUAACACGACAGCCCAAUCCGCCGCCUCGAGUGAGCCUGGCCAGGAGCAACCUGCGCAGAUCGGCGAGGGCAAGGACGAGCUCGAGCAGGUCAUGGCAAAGCUAUCGACUGCAGCUGAGUCUGGCAAGCGCAUUGCCGGUACUUGGUUCAGCAAGAUCAAAACACGCGUCGAGACAGGCUUAGAGGAGCUCGAAGCCAAGAGAGCUGCGUCCGCGCAGACACAGGCCCAGACUCAGACGCAAGCGCGGCCCAGUCCAGCUGCAGCGCGACCAGACAGCGCGAAGCCGAAGCCAGUAGCCACGAACAGCGCGAUUGGGACCGGUGCCACAUCAAGCUCCGCACCAACCCCAACGUUGACGCAGCCUGGGAGCGAGCCUACUGGCAGCAAGACAGACUACGGAAGGCUCGGACUGGUUCCGCAGCAGCGAAUCAGCUUGGUUGACGACAACAGAAAGGUCAAGACUCGAGAUGACGACGAAGAGUCACUCGAAUAUACCAAAUCACCUUUUGACGACGACGAUUGA